AUGAACUUUUUUUCUGUUUUUAUUUUAUAUAUUAUUUUAAUAAUUAUUAUAAUAUGUCAUAAAAAUAAAGGAAAUGCUUUAUCAAAAUUUGAAAGGGUUUUAGAUAAAUUACAGAUGCUUAUUAGGGUUAAGAGAACUUAUAAUAUUUUUAAAAAAAACAGCUUUUUAAAUUAUACAAAAAAAGUAUUUUAUAUAAGCCCUAAAACUAUUAAUAAUAAAAACAUAAAUUUGAAUAUAACUAAAUUGAAAAAGUGGAAUAAUUUUAACGGAAAAUAUAAUAAACAAUUUAAAAUAUUUACAACAUAUAAUAAAAUGGGAGAUGAAAAAAUGGGAGAUGAAAAAAUGGGAGAUGAAAAAAUGAUAUAUGAUAAAGAAUACAUGUCUUACUUAAAAAAAUAUAUUAUUAAUGAAAAAGAUCUUGAACAAUCUGAAACUGGAAACUUAAUUUAUCAGAAAGAAGAUGAUAAUAAAAAUGAUGAACAAAAUAACACAAAUAAUAAUAAUAAUAAUAUUUAUGAUUUUGAAAAAAUGAUAGAUAAAGCUAUAACACAUAGAGAACUAGAAUUAUUUGAAUUUUUAAUUAAAAUAAAUGAAACAUAUAAAUUAAAUACUACACUUAGAGUUGUUGGAGGAUGGGUAAGAGAUAAAUUUUUAAAUAUUUCAAAUGAUGAUAUAGAUGUAACUGUUGAUAAUAUGAAGGGUUCUGAUUUUUGUAAUUAUAUAAAAGAAUAUAUUAAAGAUAAAGAAAAUAAAAAUUUUAAUUUUGGUAUAAUAAAAAUAAAUUGUGAUCAAUCAAAACAUUUAGAAACAUCAAGUUUUAAUUUAUUUAAUUUUCAAGUUGAUAUUGUAAAUUUAAGAAAUGAAAAAUACACAGAAGAAAGUAGAAUACCAGAAAUUUCGAUUGGAACUGUUGAAGAAGAUGCAUUAAGACGAGAUUUUACUAUUAAUUCUUUAUUUUAUAAUUUAAAAAAUAAAAAAAUUGAAGAUUAUACAAAAAAUGGUAUAUUUCAUUUAAGAAAUAAAAUAAUAUCUACCCCAUUGAACCCAUUAACUACAUUUCUUGAUGAUCCUUUAAGAAUAAUUAGAUGCAUACGAUUUUGUGGAUAUUUUGAUUUUAAUUUAAAUAAAUCGAUUUUUGAUGUUUUAAAAAAUGAAGAUAUAAAAAAAUCUUUUAAUAAAAAAAUAUCAAAAAGUAGAUUAGCAUCAGAAAUAAUCAAAAUAUUUUCUCAUAAAUGUAAAAAUAUUGUUCUCUCUUUAACAUUGUUAAAUUAUAGUAACUAUUCUAAGGAAAUUUUUAAAUUGCCAACAGAUUAUUUUGUUCAAAAUGAUGAAAUAUUUGAAAAAAUGAAAAAAAAAAAAAAUCAUAAAAUAGACAAUCAUUCCUAUUAUGAUACUAAUGAAAUGGUAAAUAAAAGAGUUCAUCUUUUUGAAGAUUCAAAAGAGGUACAUCAAAAUGUGGAAAAAUCUAUUAGUGAAUAUAUAAAUGAUGAAGAUAACAAUAGAACCUAUCUUAAUAAAAAUGGUGAUAGAAAUGGUGAAAAUGCGAAAAGCCAAAAUGACGAUAAAAAUGACGAUAAAAAUGACGAUAAAAAUAUAGAAAAUGAUUGGCUUUUUGAGGGAUUAAAUUAUGUAAAAUUUUUUAAAGAUGUUGAAAAAAGUGAAUUAUUAAAACAAAUAUUUUAUGAUUUAAAUUAUAAGGAAAAUAUAAAUUAUAUACAUAUGUGUUUAUUUUUAUUACCAUUAAAAAAUUAUUAUAUAUAUAUAAAGAAAAAUAUAAAAACAGAAUAUGUAAUUGAAUAUAUUAUUAGAGAAUCUUUAAAAUUCCCUUUAAAAUAUUCAAAAUUUUGUGUAAAUAUAUAUGAAGGUUUUACAUAUUUAUACAAAUUAUACAAAAAUAUAAAUGUUUUGGAAUUAUUAAAAGAUGAUAAUGAUAAAAAAACAGAUCUAAAUAUAAAAGGGGAUGUUGUGAUAUUUUUAAAAAAUGUUGGAGAUAAAUGGGAUUUGUUAAUUUUAAUAUUUUAUAUAUUUCAUAAGUAUAAUGAAUUAAAUAAAAAUUUUAUUAACAUUAUAACUAAUGAUAUUUAUUUAUCUGACUUUGUUAUCAAAUUGUAUCAAUAUAUUUUAAAAAAUGAUAUUCAAAAAUCUUAUAACAUUAAACCCUUUUUAAAAUGGCCAAACAUUAAACAUCAUUUUCCCAACAUAAAUCCAAAUCGAAUUAAUGAAAUCUAUGAAAAAAUUAUUCAGUUUACUUGUAUUCAUGGAGAAAAGGAAGAAGAGUGCAUUGAGUUUUUAAAGAAUCAUUUUAACAACCCAGAAUAA